UUGUCUCCUGUUUUCUAAUGCCUCGUUCGACCUGUCUCGGUGGGUGUCUGCCCCCACAUCUCUCUCAUUCAUUAUUAAUCUGAGCUCUGGUUGGAUAUGUUUGCACACUCCGUAUCUCUUCUGGUUAUGUAUCUGGCAAUGUCAGCUUCUUGACUACUUGUUCGUUUCUUGUUCGCCUUCAUUCAUAUCUCUCCUUUUUAUUAAUAUAAGAGAUAUGAAUGGAAAGAAAUGAUUGUUUACUCUAGAGUUGAAGCUACUCUAUUAUAGAUAAACAGGUCAACUUUCUACUUCGGUCAGAAAUUUGUGAUCACAUCCUCCAUAUUUUGCUCUCUCUCUCUCUCUCUGAACUUCACAUUCUGGGUGUGAAUUGCCUCUCUUCAACAACCCAUGAAUUCCCGAAGAGCUUCUGAUAAUGGGCUUCUUCAAAAUAUACUUGGCAAGUCUCCUAGACUAUUCUCCUACUUUAACCCUAUUGCACAGUUGGACAGGAUUUUACCUGACCAGGCUUCCCUUUGUUGUGACUCGGAGAAGGCACUGUGUUGUAGUGUCAUCAACUCUUCUGCAGAUGACACUCCAACACCGAAGUCUUCUGCAGAGCUGGAGGAGGAGAUUGCCACACUUGAGCUUGAGAUUUUGCAUUUAGAACGCCAUCUUCUUUCACUAUAUAGAUCAGCUUUUCAAGGAUGUGCCUUUCCAAGUACCCCGGAUAGCCAUUUACAAUUUAUGACACGAUCGCCAUUAAAAGUUGUACAGAAGCAACCACGUUCCAGUUUGGAGUUGCAAAUGCACAGAGGUGGACCUUUCCAUCAUGACCAAACUUCCCCUUCACAUAGUCGGUUCCACUCAGAUCAUCACAGCAGUGCCACCAGCAUAAAAGCAACACCUAAAAGGGACCAGAAAACCGCUGAUUCUCGUCAUCGCAGUCGCAGCCUUGGGGAUCAUCUAGGUGCUUCUCGCAUUGAUAGUUCCCUUAAUACUCCGGAUAGAGUUUCUGAAGAUAUUGUAAGAUGCAUCUCUUCUAUAUACUGCAAACUUGCCACUCCCCAAGCUCAAGUUGCACUAUCAGCUUCUCCUACUUCAUCCUUGGCUUCAUCAAGUAUAUUUUCUUCAAAGAAUCCUUGUGACAGCUGGAGUCCACAUUGCAAUGACGAUGCUACAACAGAUCAUGAAGGGUUCAAAGAUAAUAAUGGACCAUACACUACAAUGAUAGAAGUGUUGAAGAUAUGCUUAGACGAUGACAGCUUCAAUUAUGCUGCUCAAAUGCUACAAAAUUUCAGGUCAUUGGUUCGAAGUCUUGAGAAGGUUGAUGUUCUGAAGAUGAAGCGUGAAGAGAAGCUUGUAUUCUGGAUUAAUAUUCACAAUGCCUUGGUGAUGCAUGCAUUCUUGGCAUAUGGAACACAUAAUCGUGCGAAAAGUACUUCAAUUUUGAAGGCAGCCUACAACAUAGGGGGACAUUUCAUAAAUGCAUAUGUCAUACAGAGCUCCAUUUUAGGAAUUCGAGCACACCAUGCAGCACCGUGGCUACAAUCAUUGCUGCAUUCAGGAAAGAAGUUCAAGACAGGGAGCUUGAGGCACAUUUACGCUCUAGAAUACCCUGAGCCACUAAUCCACUUUGCUCUAUGUUCUGGGGCUUACUCUGACCCAGCGGUUCGAGCAUACACCGCAAAGAGUAUAUUCCAGGAUCUGAAACUUGCUAAAAGAGAAUUUAUUCAAGCCAGUGUCUACACAGAUAAUGAUACAAAGGUUUACCUCCCAAAAAUUCUUGAGUACUUUGCAAAGGACAUGUCACUAUGUAUCCGUGGACUCUUGGAAGAAAUAGAGGAAUGUCUCUCAGAAAUUCAAAAGAAAGCUAUGAAGGGGAGGCUUGAGGACAAGUCUGUACAUUGGCAACCUCAAAGCUCAACAUUUCGGUAUGUGAUCCAUGAGGAAUUAGCCACCGUAAGAAUAGCAACUGAAUAAUUAAAUUUUCUUUUUGUGCAAAAUUUCCCAGUCUUAGAAUCGGUCUAUGAUACCAGUACAUGAAAGUAUAUAGGCAUUGAAUUACUUGUACAAUCCACUGAUCAAAUUAAUCCAUUAAUCCAUACAAAACUUAUUAGA